AUGAUUGUCUGGGUCCAGCUCCCUGCGUUGAAGGUACACUUCUAUCAUAAGGAGGUGUUGACAGUUCUCGGGAAUCUCAUUGGACGGACUAUUAAACUCGAUUACCACACCCUAACGAGGCAACGUGCCAAGUUUGCUCGGCUGGCGGUAGAAGUGGAUCUCUCCAAGCCUUUAGUUCCAAGGAUUUGGCUGGACGACGAAUGGCAGAAGGUCGAAUUUGAAAAUCUGCCCGUCGUCUGCUUCGAAUGUGGCAAAAUUGGCCAUUCAACCGACUCCUGCCCUCUCCUGCAACCAACUGAGUCGCCGGCGGCGCUGCCCCUCCUCGGCGGGACCUCAACGGAAACUCGGCCGGCGCUAACAGAGGAGAAUCUGGGAUACGGACCGUGGAUGCUUGUUAGCCGCAAAACCAGGCGUACUCCUAGGGACCAAAGCAAGAAAGGUAAGCAGGAGUUGGAGAAUGGAAACUUUGGAACGGGCAAGGAUGGAAAGAACAACAAAGGGGGAAACUCAAAUAAGGAAGGAAUAUCCACCCCCCUGUAUCUCGCAACCAGCAACGGUUCGCAUAUCCCCAGCCUCGGUUCACAAGAAAAGAAGGUCUCCAACGGGAAGAAGGGAGGCGGCGAAUCGAAGAAGGGGAAGGAAAUAUUGGGCCAUCAGGCUAACCCUAUUGAACAAGGCAUUCUCGGGCCGAGGCCCAAUGCGGGGACUAAGAAGGGUCAGGUAUUAAAGGUAAACAUGGAGAUUCAAGAGGCCCAAGCGUCGACCUCUGCCCAGAAUAACAAGAAUAUGAAAAUUAAGGACACUAAGCUUUCGGGCCAAGAUGAGGCCUCGGCCCAGAAAGGAAAUCUCCAGCCCAGUACCUCCCUUCCCCCAGUUCACUCAGUCAUCGGCCCAAGCGGAACUGAGAUGCAGAUCAUCGAAUUUCACCCAGCCGGCGCGAUCUCCACCACGGGGAACGGCGAUGCAAAUCCUUCCACGACCUCCAGAACAAAGCGAACUAAAAAUGCCAAAUCGAGAGGUCGGAAAGGAUCCCCUGCUAAGCUCAACCCGACUAGGACCCUCCAAAUUUGGUCCCCGGUAAAGGAGAAGAAAUCGAAGAGCAAAGCCCGGUUGGCGGCACUGACGCUGCAGGACAUCAACGAGUGGACUGAAGCUCGAGGACGGCUCACCACGGGUCCCUCCGACCAAACCCCUAUGGCAGAGCCGAGUCAACCACAACAAGAGGAUUCCGUGGAGAGGGAGAUGGCUACCUCUGCGUGCUGA